AUGGGAGCUGGCCAAGAUGCAGACAUCCGGCAGAUGGGAGCAGGCCCAGAUGCAGACAUCUGGCAGAUGGGAGCAGGCCCAGAUGCAGACAUCCGGCAGAUGGGAGCAGGCCCAGAUGCAGACAAUGGGAGCAGGACAAUGAGCAGAUGGGAUCUGAUUGAAACUACAAUCAGAUGGGAGCUGGCCCAGAUGCAGACAUCCGGCAGAUGGGAGCAGGCCCAGAUGCAGACAUCCGGCAGAUGGGAGCAGCAGGCCCAGAUGCAGACAUCCGCAGAUGGGAGCAGGCCCAGAUGCAGACAUCCGGCAGAUGAGAGCAGGCCCAGAUGCAGACAUCCGGCAGAUGGGAGCAGGCCCAGAUGCAGACAUCCGGCAGAUGGGAGCAGGCCCAGAUGCAGACAUCGGCUGAUGGGAGCAGGCCCAGAUGCAGACAUCCGGGAGAUGGGAGCAGGCCCAGAUGCAGACAUCCGGCAGAUGGGAGCAGGCCCAGAUGCAGACAUCCGGCAGAUGGGAGCAGGCCCAGAUGCAGACAUCGGGCUGAUGGGAGCAGGCCAAGAUGCAGACAUCGGGCAGAUGGGAGCUGGCCGAGACACAGACAUUGGAUGGAGGGAGAUGGUCAAGACAAUGAGCAGAUGGGAGCUGGUUGAGACAAUGAGCAGAUGGGAGCUGAUUGAAACUACAAACAGAUGGGAGCUGGCCAAGACACUGGCAACAGACAGAUUGAAGCUAGUUGUGACACAGACAUUGAAUAGAUGGGAGCUUAUCAAGAUACAGAGAUGA